AUGUACACGCCGAUCCAGUACGUGGACCCACGCACCAAGCAAGUGACGGUCCGCGCCAUGAAGUGGGGCCUGAUUCCUUCGUACACGGGCAGCCACGAGAAGCCCAACCACUUUAUGCGCUUCAACGCCCGCUCCGAGGGCAUCACCGAGACGCCUGCCUACCGCCGCCUCGUCGACGCCCGCCGCUGCGUCGUGCAUCUCGACGGGUUUUACGAGUGGAAGAAGCCCGAGAAGCAGCCGUACUACGUCUACCAUGGUGCAUCCUCCUCGUCCAUGCGGAUGGCCGGCAUCUACGACACGUGGGUCGAUGGUGCGACGGGCGACGUCCUAUAUACGUACUCGAUCGUCACGGCCGAGGCCGUCGGGCCCUUUGCUGCGAUUCACGCGCGGUUUCCAGUGCUCCUUGCAACGGCCGACGAGGCGAACGCCUGGCUCUCGAGUGAUCCGUUCCUGGUGGUGCAGCCGCUGCUGGCCGCACGACCUCCGACGGACCUCCUCUGGCACGCCGUGACCAAGCAGAUGGGCGUCCCGACGUUCGACGGCGACGAGUGCAUCCAGAAGCUCCCGACGCCGCCGUCGAUCACAAGCUUUUUUGCCAAGAGCCCCGCCAAGUCGUCGACGCGACAGCCCCCGCCAUCGCCACGCGGACCACAACCACGUUGACUACCGACAAGACCAC